AUGUGCACCAGCUCUUCUGCCAGCAGUACGAUCUGGGCUCCUCAUUUGCAUCGGAUACACGUGAUCUUGCACCCUCACUGCUGGCCCACUACGGAUUUGCGAGGACUACCAACUCUACGCUUCCGCUUUGCCAGUCGACCCGCCAGGACAUUUCUAGCGCUCUCGGAAAAGCACAACCACACAGCGACAAACUGCCAUGGCCCUCAGCUGCCAUCACCGUCAAUCGGCUGCCGGCCGCGCAGGGGCCCCCACGCGCGGCUCAUUGAUGGCAAAGCCAUUGCCGACACAAUCCGCAGUGAAAUUGCCGCCGAGGUUGCGGCCAUGAAGCAGCAGUACGGCCUAACGCCUGGCCUUGCUGUCGUACUGGUGGGUUCACGGAAGGACAGCGAGACAUACGUACGGAGUAAGAAGAAAGCGUGCGCGGAGGUGGGCUUCGACUCGUACGGCACGGACCUGCCGGCUGACGUGUCCGAGGAGGAGCUCCUCAAGGUUGUUGAGUCGUACAACGCCGACCCGCGGGUCCAUGGCAUCCUGGUUCAGCUGCCGUUGCCCAAGCAUAUUUCGGAGAAGCGCAUCCUGGACGCCAUCUCCAUCGACAAGGACGUGGACGGGUUCCACCCCCUCAACAUCGGGUCGCUGGCCAUGAGGGGCCGGGACCCGCUGUUUGUGCCCUGUACGCCAAAGGGCUGCAUCGAGCUGUUGGAGCGCAUGAAGGUCCCCAUUUCUGGUCGCAGGGCGUGUGUCAUCGGCCGGUCCAACAUCGUGGGUAUGCCCGCGGCCCUGCUCCUCCAGCGCCGCGACGCAACCGUCACAAUGGUCCACUCCAAGACACCCGACGCGCAGCGCAUCUGCUCCGAGGCCGACAUCGUCAUCGCCGCGUGCGGUGUGGCGGAGAUGGUGACGGGGGACUGGAUCAAGCCGGGGGCAGUGGUGAUCGAUGUGGGCAUCAACGCCAAGGACGACCCCACCGCGAAGAAGGGCUACAGGCUGGUGGGGGAUGUGGAGUUUGCGGGCGCGGCGGCCAAGGCCUCCCUGAUCACACCGGUACCCGGGGGCGUGGGGCCCAUGACGAUUGCGAUGUUGUUGCAGAAUACGCUGGAGGGCGCGCGGCGGGCGGCUAAGGGGGAGUCGGCCGGGAAGCACUGA